AUGAGAACUAGCAAAACGUACGCUGUUUCCCUGAACUGUGAUGCGCUUGACAGACUUUUGUCGGAUGAUUUGAGAAACAAAGUCCCAUUAUGUGUCGAUUUUUCUCCGUGGACGACCCCUGGGAAGAUCGGCUUGUACCAGCCAACAUCACCACCUUUACCAGUUGAUCAGGUCCUCCUGCCGUCUGAUCCCAAAACUGGUGCCAUAAUUGCCGUCACUGAGAAUGGCACGCUUCUUGGUCUGACUUGUAACGGAUCCAAAUUCGACAGGUCGGCGCCUCAACCACUCAGCGUCCCGGAGUCGCUCUACCCGACACCACUGCAACUUGCAACGCCGCAUCAUGACUGGAUUGAUCGAUUUCCAUUUCCAAGAUUUCGCGACAAUUUGAUCAUCCUGAAUGAUACGAUUGACGUAAAAGAUAUACUGUGUGAUUUCUUCCUGAUGCGAUCGUUUUCGGUCAAAUCGAAUGGGGCUUCGUGGGAUCCUGAUGCCUGGCUUAUCAGUCCCGAAUUCAAUCAGAAAUGGGGAUAUCUAUUUUAUUGA